UAACUUUUGCUGGUUCAUCUAAAUGACAUGCCAGAUACUACUUAUUAGUGAUUCUCAACUUGGUAGAGCAUGGAGGAGAUAAACCAGCAAAUUGUUGAUUUUGAGAGAAAAGUAUCACUACUCUCUGCGAACGAAAUAUACCCGGAAGAUGAGAAGAAGAAAGAGACUAACCUCCCUCCUGUGGAUAGAUACAACCUCCUACAUGUGAUAUUUUUCGUCUUGUCCUUUGGAUCUCUCAUACCGAUGUCGUUUUUCCUAACUGCAAAUGACUAUUGGAUGUACAAAUUCAGAGAUCUGAGUAAAGACACAUAUGAUCCUAGGAACAGGACUACGCUACAAAGGAAUUUUUUAUCUUCAAGCUCCGUUGUACAAUCACUACCCAACAUCGUUACCAACAUUUUGAGUUCAAUGUAUGGACACAAAAUCAACAUAAGGAAGAGAUUUUUGGGCACGUUAUCGGUGAUAACUUUCUUCUUCUUGACUUAUACCGUCUUUGUCGAAGUGGAUACCGACUCAUGGCAACUUGAAUUCUUCAUCCUCACUAUGAUAGUUUCAUUCCUGAAAUCCGUCGCUGGUACCCUCUUCGCAAUGAGUAACGUGGCUAUGACGUCAAGAUUUCCUCCGAUCUACAUGAAAACAGUUAUGUAUGGCUCUGUCGCAGCAAUGCUCUUCAGUUCCAUUCUCCAGAUCAUUUGUCUCUGGAUAGGGGGCACUUCUACGGAGGUGGCAGAGAUAUACUUCUAUAUUGGCUCCGUCAUAAUUGUUGCCACCCUAGUGAUCGCGUACUUCACCAAGUAUAACGCAUUAUUCAACUUCUACCUUGGGGAUACAGUGGCCGAUACCAGGAGGCCUCUACCUUCAUUAGCUGAAGUGAAGAAGGUUUAUUCGAGAAUUAAACCGUUGAUUUGGACUGCGAUUCUUGGGAGUUUUCCUAUGGGCAUGGCAUCUGGGGGUAUAACAACCAUGGUGGUCUCUGAAUAUUACGUGAAAGGAGAUCCAUGGACAGAUAAGUACUUCACCCCUGUGAUAUGUUUCCUGAUUCCUGGUGUAGUCGGUUUAUUCGCUAGGAUGCUAGCAAGGCCAAUACUAACGCCGGAUAAUGUGAAAUGGUAUGUCAUCGCUAGCUUAUCACACAGCUAUAUCAUUUCACCACUCUACUUGUUCUUCAACUCAUCAAAGAAACACCUGCCAGUAUUAUUUCCUCAUGACUGGGAGUACAUUACAAUACAAGUCGUGAACGCAUUGAUUGGUGGAUAUCUCUCGACAGUUUCAUUCUUGAGUAUGCCAAGGUUAGCUGGAGAUGCAACCGAAUUGGCAUUCCUGACAAUGACGACAUUGAUGAUGUUACUGAUGAGUGCCCUGUCACCACUCAAUUCUCUAUGGGUGAACAUCAUUUGAUAAUAGAAAAACAUCACGAUUACUCCACUGUACAUCAUAACAUUUACUGCCUCAUACAAAUGCUCUCAUGUGAUAAAUCAAUAUAAUAGACCUUUG